AUCACAGUCCAAUGUCAAGAGGAUAGCAUGGUAGUCACUGUUCUGAAGGAUCUGUUUAGAAAAGGAAAACUGAUAAAGGUUUCAGACCUUACUCUUGGAACUGAGCUCUGUAGGCCCAACUUCCAGAGAGAAGACAGUGUUGUGUUUCAGAAUGGGCUGCAAGAGUGUGGAAACAGUUUACAGAUGACCCCAGAUUUUCUGAUCUAUAGCACAGAGCUGACAUACAGCCCAACACCUUCUGGUAAUGUUCCUAUCAUCAGGACUAAUGCGGCAAAGAUUUUAGUCCAAUGUUAUUAUCAAAGAAAUGCCAAUGUGAGCAGUAAUGCCAUCAAACCAACAUGGAUUCCUUUUAGCUCAACAGUAUCUGUGGAAGAAAGGCUUUCCUUCUCAUUGCAACUCAUGAAUGAUGACUGGAGCGCUCCACGAACUUCUACAGUCUUCCAUUUGGGUGAUGUCUUCCAUAUUGAAGCCUCUUUGGAUACUGCCAACCAUGUGCCUAUGAUGGUGUUUGUUGAUAGCUGUGUGGCUACAUUGUACCCAGAUGUAUCGUCUGAUCCUCAUUACGACAUCAUUGCAUUGAAUGGGUGCUUGAUGGAUGGAAAACAAGAGGAUUCCUCCUCUGCAUUCAGAUCCCCAAGGACCCAAUCCAAUAAACUUCAGUUCAUGGUUGAUGCAUUCAGAUUUACUGGGACAGAUGCAUCUAUGAUCUAUGUAACCUGUAAUCUGAGAGCUGUAGCAGUCAUUCAAACUCCUGAUCCUGUGAACAAAGCUUGUUCCUUCAGCAAAAGCACCAACUCAUGGUCUCCUGUUGAAGGAACACCUAACAUCUGUAGGUGCUGUGACACUGGCAACUGUAUGGUUUCUCCCCAGAGCAGGAGGAUUGGACCAUAUAUAGGUGGUGGAAGGGGAAAAAGACAAGCUGGACCAUAUUCCGAGCAAGAACAUGGCUUGGCCACUCUUGGACCUUUAAUGAUAAUUGAACCAAAUAGUAUCAAGACUCUGACAGAGACUCAGGAUUCUGGUUCACUGGAGUUUUGGGUGCUGAUCACCAUAGGUUCUCUAUGCAUAUGUUUUGUACUAGCGAUCUGUGUUGAUGUAAUUAGGAAACAAGUAUUUAAGAAGCCUAUUGUUCCACAGAUUAAAUAA